AUGAAACUUGGUAGCCUUGAGAGAAACAAAGCCGAGGCAGAAGAGUUUAUCCAGGCUGUCAACACUGUAAUGAAAAUCACUCAAAGUGAAAUCUAUGCUUUUCCAUGGUACAAAAUCCUGAACACGCCGACCCUGAAAAUGUUUGUGAAGGCCAACGCCCUUAUUCACAAGGUUUCUACGGCAUACUCAAAUGCAGCAUUCGAAAAGGCCAAAGCAGCUACCCCUGGUGCCGUCACAGCCCUCAGAGCAAUGAUUUCCAUGAACGAAGAAGAAUUCUCAGUUUUCGUCAGCGAUAUGCUCUUCGCAAGUAUUGAUACAACAGGUCACUGCCUUGCCUUCGUUUUGUUUCAUCUCUCUAAGUACCAAGAUGUCCAAGAGAAACUCUACCAAGAAAUUAAAAAUGCUGGGUUAGAUGGUCAGUCGUUGGAUUUAAGCACACUGCCUUACCUCAGAGCUGUUCUCAAAGAAACACUGCGACUCAAACCUGUGACACCCUCUGUUGGUCGAGUUCUCUCAAAAGAUGUCUUGGCUUCUGGUUACAGAUUACAAAAAGGGACAGUAGUAUCAUUGCACCAUGGAUGGGCUGGAAAACAAGAACAAUAUUUUCAAAAGGCUCAUGAAUAUAUACCAGAAAGAUGGCUGGACAGUAAUACUUCCAAACGACACCCAUAUGUUUUUCUACCUUUUGGGUUUGGACCUCGAUCGUGCAUCGGGCAGAGAGUGGCACUUCAAGAGGUUUCAUUAGCUGUGAUUCGAUUGUUGCAGAAAUAUAAAGUGGACUAUUUGUCUGACAGUCUGAAAACGGUGACAACUAUAGUCACAACCCCUGUGAAUAAACUACCGUUCAGCUUUCAAGAGCGCGAAUGA